GCUUGUCAGCCAGUCACUCAGUUUGCGCUAGACAGUGCUGGCAGGGUAGCUACGCUCAGCGGUGUGUUCCGCACCAUCCCCCCUUUCACCGCCCCGCUUUGUGCUCGGGGCUUUCCUAGUUUUCGGUCUGUUGUCCUUAGUACCGUCCUCUUGAGCCACCCAUCUUGCCUCGCCAUGUCUAAGCGAGUCCGAACCCCGGAGUUGUGCGCAGAUUGCAGCGUGCAGGACCCUCGGUGGGCUUCUGUUAACAGAGGUGUCCUCAUAUGUGAUGAAUGCUGCAGCGUACACCGAAGCUUAGGAAGACAUAUCUCACAAGUAAGGCAUCUUAAGCACACACCUUGGCCUCCUACACUUCUACAGAUGGUACAGACUUUAUAUAGCAAUGGUGCAAAUUCCAUAUGGGAACAUUCAUUGCUAGAUCCAGCAUCAAUUAUGAGUGGGAAACGUAAAGCUAACCCCCAAGAUAAAUUACAUCCAAACAAAGCAGAAUUUAUAAGAGCGAAGUAUCAAAUGCUGGCAUUUGUUCACCGCUUACCGUGUCGAGAUGAUGAUAGUGUUACUGCCAAAGACCUAAGUAAGCAACUUCAUUCAAGUGUGAGAACAGGUAAUCUGGAAACCUGUCUGAGGCUGUUAUCCUUAGGAGCACAAGCUAAUUUUUUUAAUCCGGAAAAGGGAAGUACGCCGCUACAUGUUGCCGCCAAAGCAGGGCAAAUCCUACAGGCUGAGUUACUUGCAGUAUAUGGGGCAGAUCCUGGCACACCAGAUUCUGCUGGAAAAACACCCAUUGACUAUGCAAGGCAGGGUGGUCAUCAUGAAUUAGCCGAUCGUCUUGUGGAAAUACAGCAUGAGCUGACUGAUAGAUUAGCUUUUUAUUUAUGUGGGAGAAAACCAGAUCACAGAAAUGGGCAGCACUUUAUUAUACCACAAAUGGCUGACAGCAGUCUUGACUUAUCAGAACUGGCCAAAGCAGCAAAGAAAAAGCUCCAGUCUCUAAAUAACCACUUAUUCGAAGAAUUAGCUAUGGACGUUUAUGAUGAAGUUGACAGACGAGAAACAGAUGCAGUCUGGCUUGCAACUCAGAACCACAGUACACUUGUAACAGAGACCACAGUUGUACCCUUCCUACCUGUGAAUCCAGAGUAUUCCUCAACACGCAACCAGGGAAGGCAAAAAUUAGCCAGAUUCAAUGCACAUGAAUUUGCUACCCUGGUAAUAGACAUUCUGAGUGAUGCCAAAAGAAGACAGCAAGGAAAUCCAGUAACUGGAUCCAAAGACAAUGUAGAGCUAGUAUUGAAAAAUAUUAGCAACCAGCAUAGUAGAGAGAGUCAAGAUAAUGACCAGCCAGACUAUGACAGCGUUGCCUCAGAUGAAGAAACCGAUUUAGACUCCAUUCCAACGAAAAUGGAUAGGGAAAAGAGUGUGGAAACAGACUUAUCAGAUAGCUCAGUCACGGUACAAGAAUUUUUAGAAGUUAAAAAUGCAUUAGCGUCAUCAGAAGCAAAAAUACAACAACUGAUGAAAGUUAAUAACAAUUUGGGUGAUCAGCUUCAAACGAUGCAGAGAAAGCUCCAAACACUGCAGUGUGAAAAUAUGAACCUCAGGAGACAGGCCACAACCAAUUUAUAUCAGGUCCCAACUGGGACAGAGUACACAGACCUCUCCAAUCCAGCGUCUUUAAAGAGACGGCCAUCAGGAAGAGGUAGCAGGCCCAUGUCCAUGUAUGAGACUGGAUCAGUUCAAAAACCCUACCUCCCAAUGGGAGAAGUCACAUACCCAGAGGAAAGCAUAAACAGACUGCAGCCUUUCCCACAACAUAUCGGGAGGAGCGCUUUUGUGACCUCCUCUUCAUCCCUGCCUUCAUUCCCCUCUACGCUUUCCUGGUCAAGAGAUGAAAGCACACGAAGGGGUUCAAAAAUAGAAAAACAAAACAGUGGCUCAGAAGGUGACUAUGAUAACACCAUUCAUGAUACGGAGCUUGAUGAAAGCAGCUUGAACAGGAAAGUUAAACAGAGGAGUAUGGCCUGGCAAGAACUGUCUAUCCCUGAAGUUGGAGACAAUGAAUCAGAUGUAAGUUCUGUCCUUCCUAGCACAGAAGACGUAAUCCGAAAAACUGAACAGAUAACCAAAAACAUCCAGGAGCUUCUGAGAGCUGCUCAAGAAAAUAAGCAUGAGAGGCCCUUUGAACGAGAAAGUGUGCGUCGGCUAAGGCAUAGCCUUGGUUGUUUUAGCACAUUGGUUCCUUGGGCAGAGAAGGCACCUCUGCAGCCACUGACCCUCCAGCAGCCUGAUCCCACCUCCUGCUAUAUACCAUGCUCAGAAAGAAUACACGUUGCAGUGACAGAAAUGGCAGCACUCUUUCCAAAGAAACCCAAAUCAGACAUGGUAAGGACAUCUCUACGGCUUCUUACAUCCAGUGCUUAUCGGCUGCAAUCAGAGUGUAAAAAAACUCUCCUAGUAGAAUCCAGUCCUACCACCGACAUCCAGCUAGUGACGCAACAAGUUAUCCAGUGUGCUUACGAUAUUGCUAAGGCUGCCAAGCAACUGGUCACCAUAACAACCAAAGAAAAUACCAACUGACUGAUGAGCAGGCGUCCUUUUGUUUGUCCUAGGAUUAGAAGCAAAUCACUUUGUUCCUUUUUUAUACAUAAUGUAAAGUGACAGGAUCAUCUUAAAAUAAUAUAUAAUCAGUAUUAUGUUUGUGCAUGUUUUAUUUUAGGUGCUCUGGACUUUUAAUUUAACCCCACUGCCUUAUCUUGUAAACCUGGUCUUUAAGCCAGUGUAUACAAAUGUGUAUGCUUGUUAUAAGCAGGUAUUGUGCCAAUGGUCUGUGCUUCUCUCGUGUUCUUGACAACCGUUAAAUAAACUUUCUGGAUUUUUUUUUUUUUUAAAUCAUGACACAGUUUUAAAACCUAAGGAAACAAGUCCUUAAUUUGGGUGUGUGAUUGUAUUGUGCAUUUAAUAUAACAGUCUCAUUCUUACUGAACUCACUGGAUUUUUCCCGGACGUUUUCUGCAGUAGAUUUGAACACAGUAUUAUCAUUCUCAGCAUCUGUGUAUUUACAUACCAAAACCUAAAUGUGUGUAUUAUUUAUGUGCUUAAUUUGUUGCUUUUCAGUAUUAUUUACCUCUCUGGAUAUUUUUUUAAGUUAGAACAUGAAGUUUGUGGUUACUGGUGUGCUGUUUGGUAAGGCAGUGCUGUAAGAAGUGGAAGAAAAAGAUUAUGUCAAUAUAUACCUUGUAUUUUUAAUUUGCACUGGGAUAUUAAGGUAUGGAAAAAACAAAUGUAAAAGCUAUUUGAAUGUAAUGUUCCCACUUUUUAUACUGUAUUUAGUAUUUCAAUAAUCACGGACAACAUUUAUUGAAA